AAUUUACAAAUAAAACUGUCUAAAUCAUAUGUUAUAUUAUUUUGCUUGAUAAAUAAUUUUUGAUAAUUUUUAAAUUACUCAAUUAGGCCCAUUUUUAAACUUGAUAUUAAUUAAUACUGUGAUUAAAUUGCGAACAAAUUACUUGAUACAAAAUUCGCAACACGACACAUUAUAAUCAAAAUCAAAUAUCAAUUUGUUUACAAAUACAGCCAUGAGGUAUUCAUCAUGCAAAGCAGCGGACUUAUCAAAGUUCGGUAAAAGUCACAAACAGCCAAUGCCAGAAAUGAAGCCGCCAAACGACAUUGACCUGACUAAAGGCACUCUGUUCAUCCCGAGGGAGGAAGAUGUACAAACCAUUCAACACCCGGUGAUUGUCCAACUUAUGCCAAAGGAACGCUUAGUCAAAAAUCGAUUCAUAGAGUCGCUCUACAUGAAAUAUCCUCAUCUUCUACCGAAACAACUACCUGCCGAUGGAAUCCAUUCAUUAACAGUCCCAAAUAGAAAUGAGCACUAUACGACUUCGUACAUGCAUGAUUUUGCUCCAAUGAAGGACCGAUUUGAACUUACAAGGCGGCCAAGGAUAACAGAACAAAAAAACCGUUUGUCAAUAAGGGAUCCAUACAGGCCGUAUCCACCUGGUUUAUUUAACAAUUCAAUUACAAAACAAGCCAGUCAGAAUUGGCCUUAUGAACCUAAGCCGGAAACAUUAGCUAGGCCUACCAAAAUUUACCGUAAAUCUUCAGAAUACAACGAUAAUUACAACAGGAUGGCGAAGCUAUUUAACCGUCUGAAUGUCUAUUCAAACAAGAAAAUUGUCUUAAAGCAUCAAAACACGUUUCCACCAUUUGAAAAUCGACGUUACAGACUCAAUGAGGAAUGAAUGAAUAUUAAACAAUAAAGCAGUCAUGUGAUAAAAAAAUCUGAAAUAUUUU